GUCCAUGACAAGAGGCGAGUCUCGCUGCCGACCCACCACUGCACUGGCUGCCGCGGCGCCCGACGUGUCUGGUUGUUUAGCAGACUGCAAGUUUGGUGAAGUUAUUUUGAGAGAAAAGUUCCUUACUUGGCUCGACACCUUCGUCCUUCCAUCAUGUUCCGCAGAAGCUUUAGUUGGUUCAUCCGCAUUUUUGUGGCGCUGGUCAUAUUUACUGGCUACAGUCACCCAGUUCCUGUUACAGAAUCCUAUACGGGAGUCACCUUGCAUACUUUAACAACCGACAACUCAGAAUCCCUCACAGUGGGACGAGUGCAGGAGGCUGAGGAGGCCACGGCCAUGGAUCUGGGUGCCUUGCUGGACGCCGGGGACGGCGCUGUGGUGACUCUGCUGGCCGGGGACACGCGGCUUGUGGCUCACAGGGCUGUCUUGGCCGCCAGGAGUCCCGUGUUUGCGGACAUGUUCCGUCGCGUCACUGUAGAGGGCAGCAGCAGCCAGCUCGUACUCUCGGACACAGAGGGUCCUGUGCUGCGCCAGGUGCUGGCAUACCUCUACACCCUGCAGGUGCCCCAGCUGCCCAGCAUGGCCCCACAGCUGCUGGUCGCCGCCGACGUAUACGGCCUGUCGGUACUGAAAGCGCACUGUGAGCAACAGGUGGUCGCCCAGCUGUCUGUCGAGACUGCGGCAGCUGCAGGUGUUAUCGCGAUUAGGCAUUCCGCUAACAGGCUGAAGCAGGCCGCCGUCGCCUUCAUAAAGGCCCACUUGCUCCGUGUGAUGGCGACGCAGGGCUGGGCUGAGGCUGUAGUCAACGACCCACAAAUUGUUGUGGAGUUGACUCACCUGAUUGCAGAGACACCGACAGACACCAGCACGCCAAGCGCUGGAGAGAGCAGGACCGGCCCCUCCUCACAGCCACACAGUGGCCACAGCGACGACGGCCGGAGGCCAGCCACAGCUGCGCCCCCCACCACUCCCCAGACGACUCCCCAGCCUGAUGACGUCGCCAUCUCUCUCCUGCGGGAUCUUUCUGGAGAAGAGAAGGGCAAGAUGCUGAUUGCGGCAGCUAAGGAGGGGUCAGUGAGCAAGGUGCGAACGUUGCUGACAGUGGGGGCGGACGUGGAGGCGAUGGACGAGAACCAGCAGAACUCACUGCACUGGGCAGCAGCCAGGGGACACUUGGAGGUGGCGAAGCGUCUACUGGAGGAUGGAGCUGAUGUCAACGCCAGGGACCGCUGGCAGAACACACCUCUGCAUCAGGCUGCAUGGAAUGGCCAAGCACCCGUGGUGCGGCUGCUGGCAGCAUCCUCUGCCAACCGCAACGCCAGGGAUCACAGAGGGAACACGCCACUGCACGAUGCGGCACGGCGUGGCCACCCAGACGCGGCGACCGCACUACUUGAGGCAGGGGCCGACAGAGAAAUCAGGAAUGACAAUGGGGACACGCCGCUGGACCUAUCCAAGCGGAACAACCACCAGCGGCUCGUAGACAUCCUAGGAUCAAGCUAAAUAUAGUGCAAACGACUCUGGAGUAAAAUAAAAAAAGCCUUCUAUGUGACCUUUGUUACUUAUAAAAUAAAUAAUACAGAAAAGU